UCUGCAGUUCGUCAGCUGCGAAGGUGCGGAACCAAAACCUCGGAGGAAGUGCAGCAGAGAGAAGGAGAUGGCGAGAUCAGCUCUUCUCAACCUGCUGCGCUCCCAGUCGAAGCAUCGUCUCCCCUCCGCUUACUUCCACACGGGCCAACGGUUGUGUAGAUCUUUAGCAUCGCCUCGAACAUGGAGUUGCAGACCCAGUUUGACCUCUGCCACCCAGCUUUCAGCUGGUCACAGAAGAUGGCUGUCUCAGAGCACCGCAGCUGAAGAAGAAAGCAAGAUCAGUGAUGCACCACGGUCAGGGGGCCAAACUGGAGAAGAUGAGAAAGUUGACAUUGUUGUUUACCAUGGUCCAGUUUCAACCACCAUUAGGAAAGUGAAACUCCUAUCACUCUCUAGCUGCUUCUUCUCCGUAUUACUGGGACCUGUUAUAACCUUCAUGACAUUACCAAAUAUGAGCAUGAUCCUAAAGGGUGUGAUGGCAUCUUCCGUCCUACUCAUCAGCGCAUCAACAACUGCGGCUCUUCAUUGGGUUGUAAGCCCAUACAUUCAUAAAAUAAAGUGGCAGCCAGGUUCUGAUAGUUUCGAGGUGGAGAUGAUGUCAUGGUUAGCGACUUAUGUUCCGAGGACGAUCAAGUUCUCGGACAUUAGGCCUCCAGAAACUAACAGGCCCGUUGUGACAUUCAAGGCAAAUGGGAAAUUCUAUUACGUGGAUGAGGAGCACUGCCAUGACAAGGCUUUGCUGGCCAGGCUGACCCCGACGGAAACGUCCAGUUCCUGAGUCUGCUUUCAAGAACUUGUAGGCGGAACCGGGCCAGUGGGAACUUUGGAGGAGAUCUUGAGGGCUAUGGCUUUCAUUUUUGCCUUCUGAUGAACUUUAAGUGGAGAUCCUCUUUCUAGUCAUGCAUCUAUACCUUUUAGAUCUUUGUGAAACCAUAUCUGGGAUUUUUGUUUUAUCUUUCGACCAGAUAUGUUUCCAAACAAUAAAGAUUGGCAAUUGCUACAUAAAUGGCCAAGUAUUCGCGAGCGAAAUCAUCCUUUCA